ACAGUUACCAUGGCAACACCAAACUGCGUUUCAAACACAACAGGAGAGUUGACACACCGUCGUUCGUCGAACACAACUAAUAUUCAUCAGUAAAGUUUUAUAUUUUGACAUUUUAUUAUAUGACAGAUCAUGUACAAGGUUGAUUUGCCAGUGGAUGAGUCUGUGCAGCAGGCGGUGGAGCGGCGUCGAGCCGCAGAGGCUGAGCGCAAGAGACGAAUAUUUAACACCAGAAACCGAGUGAUCGGCGUGGACCUGCGCGCGCUCCACAAACAGCAGGAGGAGAAACGGGAACGACUGGAGAUGGAGAAGCAGCGAGACAUGGCUCAUGAUCUCUUGCGCUUAUCUCUGGAUGAAACGACACUGCAACAGAAAAAAGAGGAGGAGGAGUUGCGAAGAGAGCUGGCGCGGGACUUGAUACAGUAUCGAGCGAUACAUCAACGUGCUGAGGACAGUCGUGAUGCAGAUAUCAAUUAUGACCGACAGGAGGCGCCAGAUGCCAGCAUUUCUGUCUCGGACUCAGCAUUGGGACCGGCCAGUAUGCAAGUGUUUUUGGGAGAAGGAAUUAAUGAGAAUGAAAAGAAGAGAGCUCAGAUGGAGAUGAACGAAAGAAACCUGAGAGCUCAAAAGGAAGAGAGAGAGAACCAAGAAAGGGAACAGAAAAACAAAGAGCUGCUAACCGACAGGGAGUUGGUGGAAAAAGACCUCAGGGCAGUGCAGCUGAAUGCCCUGGAGGAGGAGUGCAAAAGAGUGGCCCGCAUUGCACUCAGUCAUUAUAAUCAAGCUCAGGCGGAGGAGAGGAUGGAGAAGGAGCGACAAGAGAGAAUGAGGAGAGAGGGAGAGGAGCUGGCAGAGGUACGGUACACAGUGACCUCUGACCUCCUGACAGAACGACCAGAGGCUGCAAAGAGAAUAGCAGAAUCCUCAGCUGAGGGUCCACGAGUCCUGACCGACCGCUGGAAGGGCAUGACGCCACAGCAGAUCAGCGAUAUCCGCAGAAAGAGAGACGAACAGUGCUUUGAGAAAGAGAGACUGAGAGAGAUGGAGAGGCAGAGAGAUAUGGCCUGGGAUUACCAUCUGACAGAGCAGGUCAGACAGCAGGAGAGAGAGGAGACAAGAGACAAGGAGCUGCAGAGAGAGAGGAGAGUUCAGCUUGAUAAAUACAAUCAACAGCUGGCACGAGAGCAGCAAGCGCACCAACACUACCUGGACAGGCAGCUGUACACAAACCGUCCUACAGUUCAGUACUUCACCCAGUUCAACACAAGCUCUCGAUAAAGCAGCCUCCCAUUCCAUCCUUCUGCUGCACAAGAAAUAAAGUCUUACUGAGUUUCAAA